AUGGCUAUCAACUCUAGAUGUGGACUAGCGUGCAAAAGACACAGUGAGUCUGGGGAAGCAGAAUACACAAACAGAGUUACCCUGUCGCCAAUCGAAGCUCUUGCGAGAUACUGGACUUCACCCACUGAACAUCACACGCAGUGGCAGAAUGAUACUGCGCCUUUGUUCAGUCGCCUACUUGAGGCAGCACAGUAUGACGUGCACGACCAAUACCAGUACUUGCUCUUUAUGUUCGGGCAUAUCAUUCCUUCUCUCGGGCCAUAUCCACAGCGGUGGAAGAGCACAAUGACAACGCUCGGUAUCCCUCUCGAGUUCAGCAUCAACUAUCAGAAACAUGGAAAAGAAACAGUCCGCGUCGCACUUGAACCUGUCAGUGUGGUGUCCGGGACAGACGAAGAUCCAUUCAACCUGAUCACGACCAGAAAAUUCAUGUCCGAUAUUGCAAACCUCGGCUUGGAGUCUUUCGACAUGGAAUUGCACGACUAUCUCAUCAAUGCAUUCUUCCCAUCUGCAAAUGAGAUUAGAGACCUCCAGGCGAGUGGGUAUGGUAAACGGGGCGGAGAGCAGAAGUCACCCAGUGCCUUCGGUUUUGAUCUCAAAGCUGGGGGAUGUAUCACCGUCAAAGGGUAUUGUCAUCUCCUGCUCAAACACCUAGCUACCGGGACACCGGUGUCGGAUAUUGUGCGCGAACCACUUGUCAGGCUCUGCCGUCAAAUGACCUGCUCUGCAGCCUUCGAUCUCAUGCAUGAUUAUCUGACGAAGAGCUCCGGAUACAUCAAGCAUACCUUCCUGUCGUGGGACUAUGUCCCCAAAGAGAAAUCGCGCCUGAAGGUAUAUAGCGGGAGCACUUCUAUUUCCCUGGAAAAGGCGGAAGAAGUGUGGUCCCUCGGAGGGAGGGUACAGGGUGAAGAAAUAUCGGAAGGAAUCAAGCUUAUUAAGCAACUGUGGAAGACUUUAGGGCUCAAAAGUUGCACUGACAAUACUGCACAGCCAGUUGAAUUGGAGUUCGAUGUGAACGAAGAAGCACAGCAGAAAUUUCAACCCCCUUUAACCUGGAAUUACGAGCUGCAACCUGGCAUUUCCCAUCCAUUGACAAAGCUCUAUUUCCCUGUUCAUGGAAUGAAUGACCUCAAGGUUGCAGAAGCUCUAUCUAAGUUCUUCCAUUUCCUUGGCUGGCAUGAUCAAGCCGAAUCUUAUCUGUCGGUGCUACGUGACCUCUAG